GAGCUUUGAGCGCCAGCUUUUCACUAUUUAUCGCUUGCCCUCUUGGCUUCCUGUUUUCUUUUUUUUCUCGGUUCUCCCUCUGGCCGUCCUGAGAUCUUGCUAUUUCCUAUUUGAGUUUUCUGUCAUUGAUAUCACUAGCAGCUCAGUCCAUCAUAUUGGCCGACUACCUGUCCAAAACUCUACUACACUUCAAGCUGCCUAAGACUGAACACUUCAAGGUCCUUCCAUCUAUCCUUCAAAUUCCGCUGUCGUACCCACCGCUUUUACGCCACUCGAUAUGCUUCUCCUCCGUCCCCUGAUUGCUAUCGCCUCCGUGGCUGGCCUGGUCCUCUCGCAAAACACCUCCUCCAUUGACCCAAAUAGCGUCCCGAUUGAUACAAGAAAGCAAUGGUGUCAGUCUCAGACCUCGUCAUGCCCAUUACUCUGUUAUCAGUUGCCAAACACAUCGGGGUCACCCAAAGAAAACACAUGCGACGCUAAAACACUCCAAUACCAAUGCAUCUGCAGCAAUGGCCUGAGCCCCAACUCGUCUCAGUACUCACAGACCAUCCCAUACUUCAUUUGCACUGAAGAGAAUGACGAAUGUGUCACCCAAUGCAAUGGUGACUCGAGCUGCCAGUCAGAUUGCCGGUCUCAGCACCCCUGUGGUGCACAGAACCCCAAGCGUGUAAAUGUCACGUCUACCGCUGCAUCCACUACUGCCGCAGCCACAACUUCCCUUCCACCUUUCACUGGAGUCCCUGACAAGGGAGCAGCAGCCAGGCCAUCGACUGAUCUUGGUCAGGUAUACGGCCUGGUUGUAGUUGUGGGAGCUUUCCUGGCCGGGUUUACGACGUUGCUUUGAGACAAGGCUGCAAGUCAGUAUGAAGUUAAUGUCAUCUCUGCCAAGUCCUGGGUUGGAACCUUUGUAAUGGGGCAUGCCAGAUU